AUGCUGACAAAUGACUCGUCCGUCUAUAUUGCGCCACUGACGCAAAAUGUUCACGAGAACCUUCACUUCAAUCAACUUCGCAGCAAGUUAAAAUACCAAGUACUCGAAAAGAUGAAGAGUCAGGUUUUCGUAGUCGGUCCAGGCUACGUCGGUCGUGAAAUCAUUGACCUCCUACUGUCGGAAGGCCAAUACGAAAUCACAACCUUGGUUCGACGUGAAGCCGCCCUCGAGGAAUUUGAGAAAGAUGGAGUCAAAGCGGUUCUUGGUGAUCUGAAUGACGCGAAAAUCAUCCAGCAGUUGAGCGCCAAAAGCGAUGUGAUUUUUCAUACGGCUACCGCCGACCAUCUGGAAUCUGCCCAGGCAAUCUUGGCCGGAAUUGAGGAGCGCGCGGGUCAAGCCGGCUAUGUCGGCUCUGGCAAAAAGGCCUGGGGUGUAGUUCAUGUCCGUGAUCUGGCCAAGGCCUACGUCCAAGUCCUUCACUGGAUUGAGGAGGCUGAAGAUUCCGACCCUGAGCUCCAAAAUCCCUACUUCUUCUGCGAAAGCGGCGAAGUCACCUGGGGUGAAGUCAGCGCUAUUAUCGGAAAAGGCCUAUACAACGCGGGUCGAAUCGCCACGCCCGAGACAAAAUCUAUUCCGGAGUCUGACUACGGCGACCUAUUCGGUCCAUUCACGCCGGAUGUGGUGGGAUGUAACUGCAGAAAUAGGGCUGAUAGGCUGCGAUCCAUGGGAUGGAAGCCUGAGCAGUUGGGUCUUGAAGAGGCAUUUGAGAAGGAGGACCUCCCGGCCUUGUUGUCUGAGAAGGGGGAGUUCAAGGCCUCUGAAAUGACAUUGUCUUAA